AUGGCGAGGGCCAAGUUCGUGCAAGUCGUCGUGCAGUCGGCGAAGCGUGUGACCCGGAAUCAGCCGGCGGGCCAGACCCAGACGACGGUUCCGGCGCCAGCUGUAGAGUCCAAUCCAGGAAGGCCUGAGAACGAAGCCGAGGACGAAGAAACGGAGGAGAGCGAGCCAGUGCGUGAAGCCUCCCCGAGCGACGGGCACGACGAACGCGGCGGCGACGACGCCCCGAGUGAGACGCAGGAACCCAAUGGACGCUCGGCUGGACCAGCUGAGCACGACGGUGACGACCCGGGCGCCCACGGACUCCGACACGCAGCGCAGCAGCCGCCAGCGCCUGUGACGAACCCGUCAGCUUCAACGAGUACAUCGCAGGCACCAGCAGCACCGCAGCAAGAUCAGCCAGCUGCCACGCGCCGGCAGGUGGUGUUCCAGUCGACCGAUGAUGGUGACGACGGCGGUGACAGCAGCGACGAUGAUGACUCGUCGAGUUCCAGCAGCGACGAUGACUCCGACGGUAACGACGGUGGUGGGCGACGCGGACGACGACAACUCAUGACGCGCCCAGGCGACGGUGACUUCCAUCGCAACAGACGCCGAACCAUACGCGACUGGGACCUGCCGACGUUCCUGCCUACACCGCAGACGUCCGUGACCACGUGGAUUGCACGCGUGGACUUGGCGCUGGAGGGAGCAAGGCUAUCUGGACGAGGCGGCUGGACGGACCAGGAGCUCUACUACAUUCUGGGAAACAAGCUGCAGGACAACGCGGCCCGCUGGUGGGUCCAGAUGGAUACGACGGACUUCCCAGCUGUCGUCGACGAUGGUGAUACGGCGUGCAUGACGGACACGUCGACGGUGCCGGCGACGGUGGCCACCGACAAGGGCAAGCACGGUGAGGCCGGCCAUGGCCACCCUGCGCUACGUGCAGAUGACGGUGGUGACGACCAAGUCAGCGGCGCCGUGACGGACCACUCGACGGUGGAUAUGACGAUGGUGACGAAGAGGGCGACGACAGAGAUGACCACGGCUGACGAGAGCCCGGUGACGGCACCGAGCCCAGCACCUGCGCACACCGACGAGGUGCCAAUCUCUGAGGAAGGCGGCGAGCCCACGGAUGAAGUGGGACUGGCUGAGGAAGGCGGCACGGCAGCCACUAUGGAGACCUCGCCGCUCGAGCUCGGCAUGGAGCUCACGGACGAGGCGAUGGUGAAGCUGGGCAACGUGGCGAAGGUGCGCAAGGCCGUGAAGCGGUCCAAGCGCGCAGCGAAACAGCUGCGGGUGCAGCGGGCGCAUGAGAAGACCAAGGACAAGCGUGACGAUGACGAAGUUGCGCGGGUAGUGGCGGAACUUGAGGCCGAGCGAGUAUUACGGCGACGGCGGCAAGCCGACGAAGUGCGUGACGCGCUGGAAGCACGACGACAGCAGCGUGCUGCCGGUGACGAAAUGCGAGUUGACGAACGAGCCCGCGUGAACCUGGUGUGGCACGACAGCGCCACUGUGGACGAGGAGGCAGAUGGCGGCGGCGAUGCGGACGUGACAGCCGGUGACGGGCUGCCCACGGCCGAGAUGAUCGUCGACGGCACGACGCAGCAGGAUUGGCGGCUUCUUGUUGGCGUGCCCGGUGUGUGGACGUUUGAGAUGGCGAACGUGUACGGCCAGAAGGUGACGAUCGAGGCAUGCAUCAUCGAGGGAUUUACGAGUGUGUUCCUCGUAGGUGCUGAUUUCCUAGGUGGACGUGGGGCGACUAUGGACUUUGAUCGUGGUGAGGUACGGUACGCUGAGCGUGGCCGUGACGUGAUUAUUCCGUUCCGAACGACGGAAGCGGAGGAUGACUCAGCAGUGGCGGCCGUGAGGUCGGUCAGUGCCACGAACGUGCAGAGACGCGCCGUCCAGACGGUGGAAGUGGCGAUUGCAGCGCCGGAUGACGAAGAAGGCGUGUUUCUACCUACUGUGAACAAUGGAGUGGUGCUGUUAGCGGCGGCGGUGACCAAGGUGGAGAAGGGCAAGGCUCUGGUCCCCGUGAUCAACCCGUACGGCGGUCGCAUCAAGCUACCUAGCAGGAAGGAGUUAGACAUUGAGCUCUUGACGAUGCAUGGUGAGCUACAACCUGAGCGGGUGCAGGCGUGGUUGAACGAGUUGGGCGACACGAACACGCCGUCGGACGACGAACAUGAUGUGGACAUCGGUGCUGAGGAACCAGAUGCCCGUACCCUUAUCCUACGACUACUACGAGCCUAUCGCGACCUAGCCAACGCAUAG